AUGCCACCAGCAAGGAGAGAGCCGCGAUACACAGUGCAGGAUGUUAUUGACCUGGUCCAAAAUGGAGAGAGUGAGGUUGAGAUUGAAAUCAGUGACACAGAUGAGAGUGAUGAAGACUCCGAUGAAGAUGUCUGUAAAGAAGUGGACAAAGAAAACCAACCACCCAUGGUCUGUCCAGCUGAUAAUUACGUGGACAUCAAGCUAAAAACAAGGAAACACACCAUGCCCCGUGACAGGUAUCGCUGGCUGAAAAAAGAUUUCAUCAGUCCCAACACAGAUUUUUCUGGUCUGGAUAUCACAGCAGAUGACAUUUCCCUCCACACACCAUUGGAAUACUUCCAGAAGUUUGUGUCCGAAGACAUGAUUGAGGCUCUGACACAAAACACGAAUGAGUACAGCUUUCAGGUGCAUGGAACAUCUGUAAACACCACUGCAAAGGAAAUUGAAAAAAUGCUUGGCAUGUACUUGAAGAUGGGCCUGGUACAAAUGGCUGGAACCCGUAUGUAUUGGGAGACAGAGACGCGGUACUCCCCUGUUGCUGAUGUGAUGCCACGCAACAGAUUCCAAUCCCUGUUGACGUCAUUACAUUUUGUAAACAACAUGACAGUAUCUGAGACGGAAAAGAAAGACAAACUAUGGAAACUCAGACUGUGGCUUGAUUUAUUCAGAGAGAAAUGCCUGCAGGUGGUACCAGAAGAGCACAACUCUGUGGAUGAGAUGAUGAUUCCUUUCAAGGGGAAAUUCAGCAGCAUCAAGCAAUAUAUGCGAGGCAAGCCAAACCCAUGGGGAUUCAAAGUGUGGGUGAGAACUGGAAUCUCUGGCAUGAUGUGUGACUUCGAUGUCUACCAAGGCAGUGUCAACGGAAUACGAGCCAAAUCUGAACUUGGAUUGUCAGGUGAGGUUGUGAUGAAACUUGCUUCCACACUUCCAGAAGGUCAGAACUACAAACUGUAUGCAGACAACUACUUCACCUGUGUUCCAUUAUUAGUGAAGCUCCUUGAUCGGGGAAUUCAUUACGUGGGAACAGCCAGGCAGGUGCGCCUACCCAACUGUAACCUUGAAGACGAGAAGAGCUUGAAGAAAAAGGGGAGAGGAAUCUAUGACGUCAGAGUGGAGGGGAAUCACAACAUCUGUGCUGUCAAAUGGUAUGACAGCAGGGCCGUCACACUUGUGUCAUCCUUUGCUGGACCUGAACCUGUGCAGAAGAUUCAACGCUGGGACAAAGCCAACAAAACCUUCAUUGAAGUUGAGAGGCCUUACAUUGUUGGUGCCUACAACAAGUACAUGGGAGGUGUGGAUUUGUUGGACUCAUUUACAGCCAAAUAUAAGUUCCCCAUCAAAUCCCGUCGCUGGUACAUGUACAUCUUCUGGCACACCAUCAUCCUCGCUGUGAUCAAUGCCUGGCUGCUCUACAAGCGGGACUGUAAAGCGCUCAAGGUGUCUAGCAAAGAGACAAUGAACAGGAGACAGUUUCAGGCACAGCUAGCAUCCUCUCUUAUCCUGCAAAUAGGGCCCAUGAUGUGCUGGGCCCCUGUCACCUGCUCUUUCCCUGGAUCUGACCCUACUACCACUCUCAAUGACCCUGAACUGUCUGUCUCCUACAAAUGA